AGAGAGAGAGAGAGAGAGAGAGAGAGAGAGAGAGAGAGAGAAAGAGAAAGAGAGGGAGAGGGAGAGAGAGAGAGAGACAGAGAGACAGAGAGAAGGGAAACACAAAGGAGAAAUAAGGAGAACACCAAAAUAUCUAAACACAUAACUUCUUGGGACUUCCGCUUUUUCCUUGGAACCAACAGAGAACUCCUGUGCUUUUCCAGUGCCUAUCUGUGUGUGGAAGCAGUGCGCUUCAAUAUAGCAACAGGUGUUACUGAAGAGGACUGCAUGGUCAAGAGAGGACUGAAACAAGAGGAUUCUAUUCUGAUUAAAUUAGACGGCUAGAUACUGUAACAAGAAGACCAGUUCAAAGAGGGAGAAAGUUGGAGAAAAACCCCAGAGGAAGAGAAGGAAGACAUAGCACUACAGGAUGGCAAACUCAGGUUUUCAGCUCCUGGGCUACUUCCUGGCACUGGGUGGUUGGAUUGGCAUCAUCUCCACCACGGCUAUGCCUCAGUGGAAGCAGUCGUCGUAUGCGGGCGAUGCCAUCAUCACAGCUGUGGGUCUGUACGAGGGGCUGUGGAUGAGCUGUGCCUCCCAGAGUACAGGACAGGUGCAGUGCAAGGUGUUUGACUCCAUGCUGUCUCUGGAUGUGCACAUCCAGACGUGCCGAGCGCUGAUGGUGGUGUCCGUGCUGCUGGGCUUCAUCAGCAUCAUAGUGAGCGUGGUGGGGAUGAAGUGCACCAAGGUGGGAGACAACAACCCCUCCACCAAGACCCGCAUCGCCGUGUCUGGGGGAGCGCUGUUCCUGCUCGCAGGUCUGUGCACGCUGGUCUCUGUAUCCUGGUAUGCCACUCAGGUGUCCUAUCAGUUCUUCAACCCAAACACACCCCUCAACGCCAGGUAUGAGUUUGGGUCUGCUCUGUUUGUGGGAUGGGCGGCGGCCAGUCUGACGGUACUUGGCGGCUCUUUCCUGUGCUGCUCCUGCUCUAACGAGGAUAGACGAGGGCAGCAAUACUACCGCCAAUCACAGCCUUCCACAGCAAGGGAGGCAGAGUUGUUGAGUGAGACUAGUUUUCCUGACUGACCAACCCCCCGCCUUUUUUCGAGGACUGUUCGAGUUCCGAUCACUGUCUUCCCUUUCCUUGUUUUUUCCUAGGUCCAAUCUCUGGACCCCUGUCUCUCUGCUAAAGCACAUGUCGCUGCCCCCCCAACCCAAACCUAAAUAUGUCUGCUACACCUUAUUAGUCUCUCACAUUAAAGUUUGAGAAAGCAAAGCUUGCCGCCUGCCGUUUUUCUUACCCACUGAGCCUGUUUGUAAAUAUGGACUAUUAAAGGUUAAGUAUAGUUAGGUGGCCCUACACUCUCCCUUUAAGAAAGGAGGUGGGAUCACCUAUGACCUGUGAACCCUCUACUAGAAACUCCAUCUUGUUCUUCUAUCUUUAAUUUACUCAGUGUUAAGUGUCAGCUUAAAAUUCUCAUCUUGUGUUCAUUUCUGCUUCACUGAUAUCCUAUGAUUUCUGGGUUUUGUGAAUCUGCAUUUUUGUUUUGUUUUUGUUAUCUGUAAAUACAACUGUACAUUUACUGAAAUAUGUUUUUUUUCCCUUUUAAAUUGCAGACCAAAUGUUAAAAGUACCCCACCAGAGAAAAGGGAGCAGUACUUGUAGUAUGGGAGAGUCCUCUGCCUUACCAUGGUUUAGAUCUGGCAACAGACAAGAUGCUCUCACUGAGAAAUGAAAACCAAACACUCCACUAGACAGACACUCCCAGUCCCAAACCAAGAAAAGAUACAUAUUUACAGAUGUUCUGAAUUAGUAUUACACCUUUUGUAAAGAAAGACCAAACAUCUUUCAUUCUUUUUUUCUUUUUUUUUUAACUGCCUCGAGUUGUAAAGAAGUCAAUUUCUUGGUGAAGUGUUAUGCAACAUGCUUGAUGUUUGAAACAGUAAUAUUUGUAUCACUCUAUAGACAGUGUUGUUGAUCAAUUGUUGGAGAUACAAACGGACAUCUUGUAUCUUGUCUGUUUUCUCUGGGGACAGUCAUUCAGGGUAUGCUCUAUAACAUGUUAAAGUGCCCAGGGUAUAUGUCACCUACACUCCUUUUACUACAUAUAUAAUGAUCUACUACAGUGCCUUAUAACACACGUGUGUGUGCACAUGUAUGUUUUUGACAAUUGUACAUUCCAUAGUGUCACAAAGCCUGAGUGUAUUAUAAAAGUUCCCCCUUUUGACAAAUGUUUCUGUACUCCUCUAUCUCUUGCCCUAAAUGUAUUGUUUCUACCAGCUAUUGCCAGAUAUCUGUACACUUUAGCAGUACUGUAUGCCUCUUUGACCAACCAAGUGAGAUCCCUCAAUCUCCCACACUGAUGUCAGAUGUCACUCUUUCUAAAAGUUGUGUAUGUAGCCCGGAUGUGAGGAUUUACCAUCUACAUGCAUUCUGUUUAGGUCAGUGCUUGCGUGAUUUGAAUGAGCAAGGUGUUGUAUUGUUGAUUCUGAGGGUUGUACUGUACUCUGUGUGCUUUAAGUGUCUUCAGUACAGUUCCUGUACAAAGGCACAGUCAGAUUGCUUAGUGUGACUGGUUCAAAUGUCUUUUUUGUUGCUUACAUGUAUUUACCAUGCAUUUUCUCUAUCUAAUAUUCAUCACGAUUAUGUUACGUUAUCAUCUCCUUUAAAGUAUACUCCUGUUUGUGUC